AAAAUGGCAGAUAAUGUCAAAAUUGUGUCAAACAGCUGAUUCCUGAUGAAAAUGGCGAUUCUUAUAUUCAAUAAUCUUAAAAAUAUAUUGUAAUAUUUCCGUCCCUUGAGAGCCCUAAUUAAAAGGAUUGUAUAUCAAAAUGCCAGGUACAAGUUUGGUUGUGCCUGUGGUAUUGUGGGGCAAAUAUGCGCCAACACACUGCAUCUCAUGCAUUUAUCUAUCCUAUGAUCAAAAAACUUUGGCUACAGGGUGUUAUGAUGGACAAAUAUGCCUUUGGCAAGUAGAUCCAGAUACAUUGAAAAUGACUCCAAGGUGUCUGCUAGUGGGACACACAGCACCCGUGUUGUGCAUAUCGAAGGCAUCAAAAAUACAAGAUAACAACUAUAUAGUGUCUAGUUCUGAAGCUGGAGAAAUGUGUACAUGGGACUUGGUUGAUGGAAAGUGUAGGGAGGCCAUUAAGUUACCUCAAGUACAUACCAAUAUGCAGGCAUAUAAUAUGUGCAACUGUGAAGAUGUAAGACUCUUUUGCAAUGGCUAUUACCCUGAAAUAAUUGUCAUGGACCCCUUUAGUUUAGAGAUCUUGUUCAUGUUGUCAUCAAAACAAAAUCCUGAUUGGAUCAGCGCACUUCACGUGUUGAGACCUGCAAAACGCAAGGACGAUGUUGUGCUGGCUCUAACCACAACGGGAAUGGUUAAAGUGUGGACCUUGUUAGGCCAUGAGAACAAACAUUCAGAACCUAUUUACGAAAACGAGAGUAAGCAAAUCCGUACGUUGAACGCAGUCUGUCUGCAGUGUUGCGCAUAUAACCAGAGGACGGUUCUAGUUGUUACCACAAAGUAUUGGCAAAUAUAUGAUGCAGGAGAUUUUAGCGUAUUAUGUUCGUACUUGGCGCCCAGGGGCGAGAGAUGGAUGUCCGGGGAUUUUCUUUCGGUGGAUAGAAUAAUUAUGUGGUCGGACGCCGGAAAGGGUUACCUCUACAAGUUACCAGCCAACAAACUACGUGGCAAGAAUAUUAAUAAUAGUAGUGUACCAGAUAACAAACAGUUCCACACCCCCAGUGUAGCGAGUGAUUUGCCGUUCCUGUAUUGUCUUCUAAGUCAACCUGACAACAAACCGCUUUCUUGUCCACCUGCGAUGAGAUUCGUUACAACACACAAACAAAAUCGGUAUUUGUUGCGAGGUGAUUCAGAGGGUUACGUGUUAGUAUGGAGCAUACCGGAUAUUUCGGCCGCACAGUUGCAAGAAAUCCAAAACCACAAUCCACCGCAGCCGGUUACAAUGACCGCAACACUCAUGACCAGCCUCACAUUGGCUUGGGCCGAGAUGAAUCCCAGUCCCGUCGGGAUAUUGGAUCAAUUGGAGAAACAGGAGGGGCAAUCAAUAAAACUAACAGCCAGCAUUUAUUUACCGAACCAGAGCCGCCUGGUGGUGGGAAGAGAAGAUGGUACUAUUAUAAUAGUACCUGCAACACAGACUGUAAUGUUACAGUUAUUACAUGGAAACCACCAACAAUACAAUGGCUGGCCGCAACAUCAAGUGUUGUCUGGUCACGGUGGCCGAGUGAACUGUCUCUUGUAUCCACACAGAGAGCACGCCCGUUACGAUAAAAACCACUUAGUAUCUGGCGGUGUCGAUUUCGCCGUGUGUCUUUGGGAUCUAUACGCCGGUACACUCUUGCACCGCUUCUGCGUGCACGCCGGUGAAAUUACCCAACUCUUGGUUCCACCGCCCAACUGUAGUACCCGAAUACAGAAGUGCAUUUGCUCUGUGGCUUCGGAUCAUUCGGUGACUCUAUUGAGUUUGGCCGAACGAAAAUGUGUCACUCUGGCGUCCCGACACUUAUUUCCUGUGACCACCAUUAAAUGGCGGCCUAAUGACGAUUUCAUGAUAAUAGGAUGUUCUGACGGUACAGUUUACGUCUGGCAAAUGGAAACAGGACAUUUAGACAGAGUUUUACAAGGAAUUGCCGCAGAGGAAGUGUUGUAUGCGUGCGAGGAGAACGAAACGCAAGGAGCCACUUCCGAAGUUGGACUGGCCAAUCCGGCAGUACAUUUCUUCAGAGGCUUGAGACAUCGAAAUCUCUCCGCUAUUAGACAUGCAACACAAAGAGGUCUCCACCAACUUCAACAGCUGGGCGCUCACACCAACAACGACGACCCACACAUGCAGAGGACUCACACAUCGCCUUUAGUAGUCCAAGGCCUCAGGACAAAUCCUAAAGAUGCGGAAAGUCACAUAUUAUUUUUCGAUAUCGAAGCCCUCAUAAUCGAACUGUUGAGCGAGGAAUACGCCAUGAUGUCGCCGGGCAGUUUGGAGGCGGCAGGUCUAAUUUCCCAAUCGGAAUAUCUGAAGGUGGCUGCACUCACACAAAGCGCCAGUCCCGAUGCGCAUAAGAAGAUCGCAGACUUUUUUGGAAAGGUUAAAGAUAAGGCUGAGAACAUGGAGAGAAUAAUCAAAGAAAAAGAUAAACACGGAAUUCUUGCGAGGAUGAAAGAAAGUGCAGAGAACGUCCAUACAAAAAUCCAAGCAAAAGCGGAAUCCGUACUAAAGCACGGGGAGGCUAUGCGAGGUUCCGAGUCCUAUUCAAAGUCGAACAACAAACCAGUAUUAGGUGCACUACUCGAUACUAGUCACGGAAUGGAAAUCGCUCAACUUCUAUUGUCUCUACUUCAUUCCUGGGGUCUUGAUAACGAUCUCGACCGUGUGUGUCAAGCCAAAUUGGGCCUUCUAAGACCAAUGGUGCCCGUCUCGUUUGGAGUACUUUCCAAAGCCAAUCAUAUGUCAUUAUUCCUACCCACGUGGCACAAGACAAUCUCAAUCGAUGAGCAGCCACAGUCGACGGAUCAUCGUUUGCCCCCGGAGCUGGUCAAGCAGGAAGUACUCACCAGAGUUUUCACGUCACACACGCACUGGGAACUGAGCACCACACUCACCAGCAAUCAUUUGUUGGCAAUCAUCGCCCUUAGUCACACACUAAUGUCGAUGAGCAACGCCACGUUCGUGCCGGAACAGGAACGGAAUCGAAAACUGCACCGGCAAUCGACGAGAGUGAAUUGGAGCAAGACGGACGAAGAGCAUGAGGAACUGUACACUCAGCAGCAGGCUCAAAUCAAACAGGGUUGGUCGUUACUUGCCACAUUGCAUUGUGUGUUACUUCCAGAUAAAGUUGCAGAACACGGUGCCCGCAAUUUUAAGCGACCGCAAGUGGAAAUGAUGGCGAAGAGAUGGCAACAUCACUGCGUGGAGGUACGCGAAGCCGCCCAAACACUUUUGCUUGCUGAAUUAUCAAGAAUGGGUCCAAAGGGCAGGAAACAAUUGGUAGACUCGUGGGCGCAGUAUUUGCCGCUCUACACCCAAACAGAGACUAUUAACCAACAGGCGGUCUCCUCGCCGAAUAAUGUAAAUUCCGGACAGACUGCACAAUCGCCCGAUCCCACUGACGAGGAGUUCGAAGAGGAAGAAGAGGAACAAGUGAGGAAACCGUCUAGUUUGUCGGAACUUAAGAGGAAACAAUCGACGGCAGUCAUUUUGCUCGGAGUCAUCGGCGCAGAAUUUGGCCAAGAUAUUACCAACACCGAUAACAACAAGAAGCGAUCUUCCGAAGACAGGCGGAAGAGUUCCGUGGUGGAAGGAUUCGGACCCGGAAAUAACAAUCUAGCAAGACUGACUUCAAUGGCAUUAUCUCAUUUACUGUUAGCACCGCCUUCUUCCAAACUGCCUGCACACAUUCCAUUGAGAAGAGCUGCGAUAGAUUUAAUUGGAAGGGGAUUCACUGUAUGGGCCCCUUUCUUAGAUAGUAGCAAAGUACUUUUAGGUUUAUUAGAAUUAUGUUCUGACGCAGAUCGAUUGGUUCCUAGUAUGACUUAUGGCUUACCUUUAACUCCACAAGCAGAUUCUUGCAGAACCGCUAGGCAUGCCCUCACGUUAAUAGCCACUGCUAGACCUGCUGCAUUUAUUACAACAAUGGCCAAAGAAGUAGCGAGAUAUAACGCGAUCCAACAGAACGCACAAACUCUCAACAUUAAUAUGAAUAACAAUGUUUUACAUAAGGCGAAACCGGAAAUACUUCGCGGUGUUGAAUUACUAAUAGAAAAAAUGCAGAACGAAAUGAGCGACCUCUUGGUUGAGUUAAUGGACAUUAUACUUCAUUGCCUCGAUCCUAGUCAAUUAAAAAAUAAACCGUUGAGCGAAGUAUUCCCUGCCGUAUGUCGAUUCAAUCAGGUAUCUCAUUGCUCCGCCACUAGGAGGAUAGCAGUGGGUUCCAAUUCAGGCACGUUGACAUUGUACGAGUUACGCCAAAGCAAAUGCACAACGAUAAACGCCCAUUCUUCUGCAGUUACAGCCGCAGCAUUCAGUCCCGAUGGCAAAUUUCUAGUCAGUUACGCGUGCACAGAAAACAAAUUGAGCUUCUGGCAAACCAGUACAGGAAUGUUCGGUUUGGGACAGUCGCAGACUAAGAACGUGAAAUCGUACAGCACGGCACCGAUAGCGGACGUCGCCCGUUUGAACCCGAUGCGUUUGGCACGACUGAUCUGGAUCAACAACAGGACCGUUACGCUGAUGCUGGCCGACGGAUCGGAGACACGAUUUAAUGUAUAAAACCCACCUAAACCCAGUCAUAAUUGUACGAUUGUGGCCUUUCCUAAUUGUUGUUCUUGUUGUUCGUUCUCUUUGCAUCUUUACUAUAUAUGUGUGUGUGUGGUAACUAAAAAAAAUAUUAAACGCCGUGUUCAUUUCCCGAUUCCAGCACUCUUCACGUCGAUGUACGCAAAUUUGUUGUUUUGUCUUAUGUCUUCAGGCGCAGUACGACAAUAAUAUUAAGACAAUGAAUGUUGGUAGAGAAGAAAUCCCCGUUUAAUGACGGCCAUAUAAACAGGGACUGACAAUGGAUGCACAACGGCAAGUUCCUGUUCAAGUCUAUUUUUCUUGCUAUUUUAGUCUUUUUUCCAGUAUUAUUAUUUUGUUAUGGUUCAUAACUGUAAAACUAAAGAGAAACUAUGCAAUGUUCACAAGGAUUUACACAUGGAUUUGAGUUGGAACCUCCCUAUGUCUGAAGAAAAAUACGUUAAUUAGCCUUAAAUAUAUAAAUCGUGUGCCUCAGCAUGCAAAUUGUUUAAUGGUAAUCUAUAAAUAAUGCCCCCAUUACAUGUUUAUAAAUUUUAACUGACAGUAUAAUUUAUUGAAAACGUGUUAAAUUUACAAAGAAUUAUGGACAAUACUUGUAGAAAACUGAGUAUACUUAUUUAACUUACUAUAAAGCUUGUGCAUACAAAACUGUCUAUAGUAAGUUAAAUAACGUACUUAUCCAAGUCAGUUGCAACUGAAGUGGCAAAACCUGGACUACAUACACAUUAAUCUACACAUGUGAUGAACGAAAAAAAUCAAUUUUUGAUUUUUUCUACCUAGAAUUAUGCAUAUAUAUAUAUAUAUAUAUAUAUAUAUAUAUUCUAGAUUUUGCAUCGUCUUUUGCUUUUGACAUGUUAUCAUUUAUUGAGAGUGUAAUUUUUAAUCCAAUUCACUAGUACCUACCUAAUGCACUAUAUUAUAUAUGGUAUUAUAUAGUUAACUAUUUUAUUUUUAUUGUAUAAUAUUUAUAAAAAAAUGUAUAUAAAUGUUAUUUAUUUUUAAAGAAAGUAUUAGAUUUUAGUACCUAAAUCCCGUGAAACAGGAGUUCAUUUAUAGUUUUCAACAGAGUGGAAAAAUGAUAUUUGUUGUAAUUUUAUUAUGGAUAUUAUUUGCUUUAGAUUUUGUUUAUCAUAAGUAAUUCAAAUACUUACAUUAAUUAAUUAUAGCAUAUUAUAUAAUACAUGUAUGAUUUGAUUUAUAAUUUCAGCAAAUUGAUUUUCCACUGCUGUUUGUAUAAAAUAUACAAUAAAUUGUUAUAUACUGAAUGAAUUUAAUGUUUCAUUACUUGUUUAGUUUACAAGGCAACUAACAGACAUUAUACUCCGAGUCAACUUGUUGGUAUGUUUAGAUUUUUUGUUUUUUGUUGUUGUUACAUUUUGCUAAUUCUAUUCUAUAACUCAACUUAGAUAUAAUUCCGUGUAUUUUUUCAAUGUGAUUUAUAACUUUCUCCUUGUAUAGACUUUUAAGAAAAGUAAGAAAUUAUACUGGAAUAAUAAAUAUAUAAGUGAUUGUGAUUAAAAAUUGUA